UACACACAUAUAUCACAAUUCAUUCAACAAUGUUCCAGUUCCAGCCGAUGAGCCUCGAGCCGCACAUGGUAGGCACCCAUCAUAGCUACUUUAUAAAAUGCAAUAGCGCCUAUUUUUGGGAUGCAGACAUUUACAAAUCCACGCAUCCAUAACACUAAUCCACAACCAAUCGACAAAUCACUUUGCUUUACUGUUAUUCUUCUAUAGCCUCCCAUGCCUACAUUUGGCAGACGUCCUAGUGUGACAAACACCCAGCUCUACAACACUUCAUCAUACAAGUACGCAAUCUUUGAUCUGGACAAAACUAGCAAGGAGGUCUACUCGCCAGCCAACACAAACAACGACGACUUUGCCUCAUUGAGAUCAUUCCUCCCUGUAUACAACUGCUGCUACGCCGUCUACAAACUGACCUUUGUCAAAAAUAUGCGGUCAACGAGCGUUGUUAUUUUUUACACCUGGCUGCCUGCUGAGGCUGCGGAGGCCGAGAAGCAGCGGUAUUUGGCAAACUCUAACGAGGUUGCUCAGCAGCUGAGCCACUAUGACUUUAAGUUCGAGUGCACAGAGUGGCGGGAAUUCCAGCAUUUCAUUGCUGUUUCAAAGGUCAACCGGUAUAUGAAAACCAUUUACAAGUGAGCAGUUCGAGGGGAGGGGGAGCCAGUCUAUUUUUACUAU